GAUAUUUUUCUUCUUCGUCUCUCUCAGCUCUUGAAGUCUUGGUCUGUUGGCGAAUUUUCAAGCAGCUUUCUAAUUUUAAACUGAAAUUUCAUCUUUGGAACUUUGAAUUCUCUCAUCUGAAACUGAAGGAGAAGGAAGAUGACUACUAUGGAGAGUUUGAUUGGGUUAGUUAACAGAAUACAGAGAGCAUGUACCGUACUCGGUGACUAUGGUGGUGGAACUGGAAGUAACGCUUUCAAUUCUCUCUGGGAAGCUCUUCCAACCGUCGCCGUCGUCGGUGGUCAGAGUUCUGGGAAAUCUUCAGUUCUUGAGAGCAUAGUUGGGAGAGAUUUUCUUCCUAGAGGAUCUGGUAUCGUUACGAGACGGCCUUUAGUGUUGCAGCUUCAUAAGACGGAUGAUGGAACAGAGGAGUAUGCAGAGUUCCUUCACCUUCCCAAGAGGCAAUUCACAGAUUUUGCUUUGGUUCGCAAGGAGAUUCAGGAUGAGACUGAUAGAAUCACAGGGAAGAACAAACAGAUAUCUCCAGUUCCUAUUCACCUCAGUAUCUACUCUCCAAAUGUUGUGAAUUUGACCCUCAUUGAUUUGCCCGGUUUAACAAAAGUGGCUGUUGAGGGACAGCCGGAAACCAUUGCUGAGGAUAUUGAAUCCAUGGUUCGCACAUAUGUUGAUAAGCCCAAUUGUAUCAUAUUGGCUAUAUCUCCUGCCAACCAAGACAUUGCAACAUCGGAUGCAAUUAAGCUCGCAAAAGAUGUUGAUCCAACAGGUGAGAGGACAUUUGGUGUUCUUACCAAGUUAGACUUGAUGGACAAAGGAACUAAUGCAUUAGAAGUUCUUGAAGGAAGAUCUUACAGGCUGCAACAUCCUUGGGUUGGGAUAGUGAACCGUUCACAAGCAGAUAUUAAUAAGAAUGUCGAUAUGAUGCUUGCAAGACGCAAGGAACGAGAAUAUUUUGACACCAGUCCUGACUAUGGUCACUUAGCCAGCAAAAUGGGUUCGGAAUACCUGGCAAAGCUUCUCUCUAAGCACUUGGAGUCUGUUAUCAGGACCCGUAUUCCAAGUAUACUAUCCUUAAUAAACAAAAGCAUUGAAGAACUUGAAAGAGAGUUAGACCGAAUGGGUAGGCCUGUCGCAGUUGAUGCUGGGGCUCAACUAUACACUAUAUUGGAGAUGUGCCGUGCAUUCGAUAAGAUAUUUAAGGAACAUCUGGAUGGCGGGCGUCCCGGUGGUGACCGUAUCUAUGGAGUCUUUGACAACCAACUUCCAGCUGCACUUAAAAAGCUUCCUUUUGAUCGCCAUCUUUCUCUACAAAGCGUGAAGAAAAUCGUGUCCGAGGCAGAUGGCUAUCAACCUCACUUGAUUGCACCAGAACAGGGUUAUCGCCGUCUAAUCGAAGGGGCGCUGGGUUACUUUAGAGGUCCAGCGGAAGCUUCUGUGGAUGCCGUUCACUAUGUCUUGAAAGAGCUUGUGAGGAAGUCAAUAUCCGAAACUGAGGAGCUAAAGCGUUUCCCUUCACUGCAAGUCGAGCUCGCUGCAGCAGCCAACAGCUCCUUGGAGAAAUUCAGGGAAGAAAGCAAGAAGUCGGUUAUUCGACUUGUUGACAUGGAAUCUGCGUAUCUAACAGCUGAGUUCUUCCGGAAACUUCCUCAAGAAAUGGAAAGACCAGUAACCAACAACAAAAACCAAACUGCUUCGCCUUCCCCUGCAACGUUAGACCAGUAUGGAGACGGACAUUUCAGAAGGAUAGCAUCAAAUGUAUCUGCGUAUAUCAACAUGGUUGCAGACACACUUCGUAACACCAUUCCAAAAGCUUGUGUUUAUUGUCAGGUUAGACAAGCCAAGCUCGCCUUGCUCAAUUACUUCUACUCACAGAUCAGCAAGAGAGAGGGGAAACAGUUGGGACAGUUACUAGAUGAAGAUCCGGCAUUGAUGGACCGGAGACUAGAGUGCGCGAAGAGGCUAGAGUUAUAUAAGAAAGCGAGAGAUGAGAUUGAUGCUGUUGCUUGGUUGUCAAAUCGUCACAUAGCCUUGAUCAUGGAAACUCCUGUUGAUGCUCUGAUUAAGGGCGAACAUGAAAGCCCUCCAAGGUGGAAGAAGUCAACGGUGGUUUUUGUGUUGGGAGGUCCUGGAAGUGGAAAAGGUACUCAGUGUGCUAAUCUUGUGAAGCACUUUAGCUAUACCCAUUUUAGUGCUGGUGAUCUUCUCAGAGCAGAAAUUAAGUCUGGUUCUCAAUUUGGAGCCAUGAUCCAAAGUAUGAUUGCUGAGGGGAGAAUUGUGCCUUCUGAGAUCACAGUGAAACUUUUGUGUAAAGCUAUGGAGGAAAGUGGUAAUGAUAAGUUCCUCAUUGAUGGUUUUCCUCGCAAUGAAGAAAAUCGGAUUGUAUUCGAAAAUGUUGCUAAAAUCGAGCCUGCUUUUGUUUUAUUCUUUGAUUGUCCAGAAGACGAACUAGAAAGACGCAUUAUGAGCAGGAACCAGGGAAGAGAAGACGAUAAUAUAGAGACGAUUAAGAAGCGAUUUAAAGUAUUUGUUGAAUCUACCCUCCCUAUUAUUAGCUACUACGAAUCUAAAGGGAAACUUCGAAAGAUCAAUGCUGCAAAACCCAGCGAAGAGGUUUUCGAGGCAGUCAAAGUUCUAUUUGCAUCUUAAACUUGACAAGCUGGGUGUAGCUCGUGAUCAUCCAAACAUAUGUAAUGCAUUAUUGUUUGGUCUUUGUCUUUGUAGCAUGACUUGGAAUCACCAAACAGAGACUCCAAAGUCCAUGUGCCUUGUCGUAUACGAAACUAAGUUUACAGAUUUAUGCUUGUUUCAGUGUUUGUAUAUGUAAAUAUCUCUACAUUUUACAUGUUCUCGUUAUACGAUAAGCCAAACUUUCGUCGUAAUAACCAUAUUUUAGCUAA